AUGUCUCCUAAAGUUUACGUCCAAGUCAGAAGUAUUGAACUUGGAUCUUACACAUCCUCCAAUGUCUCUGAUCUAAUUCUCAAUAUUGGAACCAAGAAACUUAGUCUUGGAACUCAACACUUAUUUAAGUCUACUCAGCGAAAUAACUUCGAUCACACCUGGGAAUUCACAGUUGAUAACCAGAACUCUUCAUCUUUCUACAUCGUUCUUUACGAACACCAUCCACGUGAGGAUAAAUUUGUUGGCGCUAUCUACUUAGCGAUAUCAGGUUUUCAACCCAAUUCGGUUGUCACAGAGAAGUUUGAGCUUCAUUCCGAUUCUAAAAUGCUUAAUCCUCCAACAAUAUGGAUCAGUGUACACGUAGAUAUGGACAAUUCCCAGCCAUUCGAUGCACCCGACGGUUUCUUAUUCUAA